AGUGGGCGAACUACUUCCUCCAUGAAGCAAAACAAAGGCGGAAGAGUAUAUAUCUACUGAUCCGUGUUGCAAUUUAUAAAGCAGAAUAUUGUAAGGAUAGACUAAGAGUCGUUUAAAAAGUUUUGGCAUUUAAAGUAGAAAGAUAUUUGAUCGUUCAAUUACUAUAUUUAUAAACAAUUUGAUUUAAGAGUAACAUAGAAUGUCAAUUUCUUGUUCAUGCUGCCUUUGGUUGGUUAUACUUGUACUCUUUUUAAGUUUAGAAUGUUGCAAAUCUCAAGAAGAGGAGUGCAAAGGAAUUCAGAAAAACUACUAUCAAAACGCCUAUUAUUAUUAUUAUUAUUAUUAUAAUUAUGAAUCACUAAGAAAAAUCUGUUAUUCGACGUUUCGCCCCCUCAAUAAUAACAUGACAAAUUAUGCAGUUUUAAUGGUGUUGAUGCAUUACUAUUGUGGACGGUCGGCUACAACAGAAGGAAUGGUUCUCCCAGAUGGCAAACCUAUGACGGAAAAUGUAUUUCAUCCGAGAUGCUUUCUAUACAUUUCUCCAUAUUCGAACUGCAGUAACUUGGGAAAACACGAUUGUGAAAUAAAGAAGAGUAAAGAUUGGCCACCAAGAAUAAAUGUUACUUCACAUAACAUAAGAAUCCGGUUGACAUAUCUUAUAAUUGAAUGUCAGUCAUAUGUUACAACAACGCAUGCUUUAACUACGACAAUCGCCAGCACAAUUAGGACCACUGAUACAGCAAGCGACGUAACCGAAACUACAGUGAGCAGCGUACAAUCAGACCAACUUUCAAGCAUACAUAAGCUUAAAAACACCAACAAUAUAUUACUUGGAUUAGUCAUUGGCUUUGGCGUUCUUCUACUUCUACUGGUUGCAUAUAUCGUAAAGCUUAAACGAAUCGAGAACAAAGUUGACAGCAAACCACUUGAAAACAAAAGUAAAAUGGUUGCUGUUGCCGCUGUUAACGAAGACGGAAAUGCUGUAUACGAGUUUGCUAAUGCACUACCGAGCGGUCAUGCUGAGAUGAUCGACAAUGAAUUAUAUCAGUCACAUGGUGGCGGCAUUUAACCACUUUAUGUUAGUGGAGAAACUGUAUUUUGCUACUUUACGAAAGCCUUUCGUUUUCCAAGAUGAGCAUUUGCUGUUUGGGAUGUAAACGAUUGUAAACUGAAGCGUCCUUUUAAAUUUGUGUAAAGUCGUGGGUUUAACACUUAGUUUUUUGACACGCGCACUGUUUUUAUUGUUUACGUAAUAUUUGUAAUGUAUGUCAGUUUAGUUUUGAAUGUGUUUCUUUCCACUAUUUGUGUUCUUUUUUGCUUUUCUUAUCUCUCUUAUUCACACGCGACUUGUUUCUUGCACCUAUUUUAACGUUACUGCGUGUUUAUUGGUUGCCGUUAUUGCCGUUAGUCUAAUUGCUGCUUGUCACGUGUCGCGCUUUUCCUCUUUCUAGAUUUGGGUUUAUCGGGCAGUUCUCGUUGUACCGUGUUGACGAAAGGUUGUUUUAUUGUUUUGUUGGAAAAAGGUUAUAUGUUGUGAGCGAACUGUUGUGAUAAGUGAUAGUAUUGAAUCGUUAAGUGAUAUUUGUAUCGGGUUUACGUGGUUACAAAAGGUGUUGUG